AUGACGCUAUCAACCGCUAUCCGCAUAGCACCCUCACGCGCUGCGCGUGCUGUAAAUCUGCUUCGAACCGUUCAAUUCACUCAUCCGUCGUCGUGUCCAUGCCACGCCAACCCAAACUACCACAACCAGACACCCUCAACCAUCCACCAGGCUCGCCGGCACCUCGCAACGCCUGUUGACUACUCGCAGCAGAAAGAAUAUGCCUUCGAGAUGGCCGCUUCGAGUAUACGCUUCGGCCCCGGGUGCACGAAAGAGGUGGGCAUGGACUUCAAGAACAUGGGAUCAAAGCGUGUCAUGGUCGUAACAGACCAAAAUGUACGGAAGCUGGACGCCAUGAAGCAGGUCGUUGAGGGCUUGACAAGAGAGGGGGUGGAGUUCGAGGUCUACGAUAAAGUCAGGGUUGAGCCGAAGGACAGCAGUAUCAAGGAGGCUAUUGAGUUUGCGAAACCCUGGAAGCCGGACGCUUUCCUGGCGGUAGGCGGCGGAAGUGUGAUUGACACGGCGAAGUUGAUGAAUCUCUACACUACGUUCCCUGAGGCUGACUUCCUUGAUUUUGUCAACGCUCCUCUCGGCAAGGGUCUUCCCAUCCCAUCUAAGCUGUUUCCCCUUGUUGCAGUACCCACGACUGCAGGAACAGGCUCCGAAACUACUGGUACUGCCAUCUUCGAUCUCGUCUCAAAGCGGGCAAAGACUGGUAUUGCUCACCGCAAUCUCAAGCCUACCCUCGGCAUAGUCGAUCCCCUGAACACACGCACAAUGCCUAGCGCAGUCCACGCAUCUUCAGGCCUCGAUGUGCUCUGCCACUCGCUCGAAUCAUGGACCGCCAUUCCAUACUACGAACGUACACCGCGCCCACAGAACCCACUACAGCGCCCUGCAUACCAAGGUGCCAACCCCAUCUCCGACAUUUUCUCGCUGCAAGCCCUGCGCGACACAGUCAAGUACCUACCUCGCGCCGUCAAAGACCCAGAUGACCACGAGGCACAAAGCCAGAUGCUGCUUGCGGCGACACUCGCGGGUGUAGGCUUCGGUAACGCAGGCGUGCAUCUGUGCCACGGCAUGUCGUACCCCAUCUCAGGCCAGAAUCCGGGCUACAAGCACGCGGGCUACGAAGUCGACCAUACCAUCAUCCCGCACGGCGUCUCGGUCGCCGUUACCGCGCCAGCUGUGUUCAAGUUCACGGGCGCGUCGAACCCUGAGCGGCAUUUGGCUGCUGCGGAGGCGUUCGGUGUGGACAUCUCGAAUGUGAAGAAGGAAAGUGCUGGUGAGGUGCUUGGUGAGGCGUUGGCGGAGUUCUUGCUCAAGUUGGGUGAUCAGCCACGUGGUCUGAAGGAUCUAGGGUUCAAGAAGGAGCACAUCGAUGGGCUGGUGGAAGGCACGAUUCCGCAGCAGAGAGUACUGAUGCUGGCGCCGCAUCUGGAGACUGAAUUGGAUCAUCAGAGGGAGCAGUUGCGAGGGUUGUUUGAGGAGGCAUUGGAGUACUGA